GGUCUCUCUUCUGCAGGGGACUGGGGCGUGUGCUGGUCGGAGCAGGGGUGCGGCCUGGGCAACGAGGAGCGGACGGUGUGGUGUGCCGACGCCCGAGGGAGACCGCUGCCGCCCUCCCUCUGCGACGAGAGCGACAGACCUCCGAACUCGCGCUCCUGUUACACGUCCUGUCCUGACGGCGAGUGGCUGGUCGGUGCCUGGUCCCCGUGUCAGGUCGGGGCGGACAGGGCCAGGGACGCUGAGGGCCAGUGCCACGGAAUACGGAAACGAACAUCCAAGUGCCAGAUCCAAGGUGCCGACGCCCCCUUGGACCAGUGCCCCCUCCCACGUCCAUCCACGGAGGUUGCCUGUAUCACCACAUGCCCCCAGGACUGCGUUGUGGGCCCCUGGGGUAUCUGGGGGCCCUGUGUGUCUUGCGAGGGGUCCCAGCGACGCACACGCACCGUGGUCGUAGCGCCAACCCCCGGGGGAAGCCCAUGUCCUCCCCUGAGUGAGUCCCGUCCCUGCCUUGACUGCAAUCCCUCCGGUGUGGCCCCCGUGCCCCCAAGGGAAAGAAAGGAGGCUGAGGUGAGGCUGAGGGUGGGGGAGUGGGGGCCGUGUCAAGCCUCAUCCUCGAAUUCCUAUGAACCUAUUGACGACGAAGACGAAGAUGACAACGACGACGAUACCAGCAACCCAAAACCAGAAGACAACUCGAUAUCCUACAGUGAAGCGGAUAAGUACUCAACCUUCCCUGAGGACACGCCACAAGAGGAAGAGGAGGCGGAAGAAGCAGCCAUAUCCUUCCUGGAGGUGGAGGAUAAAUACGCGACCUUUCUGGAGGACGUGGAGGCUGUUGACAAGGAGAGGAGCGGCGAGGCGGGCUGGGACAGGACCACCGCCCGCCCACAGGAGCCCCGGGGGUGGAGCGCCGCUGACCUGCCUCACGUGGGCCGCCAGGAACGAUCCCUCACCUGUGUACACGUGAAUGGGACCCGCCUUCCGCUCAGCGUGUGUCUGGCGGGCCGCAAGAAGGUGGCUGAGAGGAUUCGAACCUGCGUGGUGAACCGGGACUGCACGGUGACGCAAUGGUCCAGCUGGUCGACCGUCGUGCCGGGCUGCGUGGCGCCGAGCGGACUGGUGGUGCGAGAGGUGAGAGAGCGGCACCGUACCAGCCCCGCCCUGCAGCACGGAGACGGCGUUCCCUGCCCCCACCUGCUUGAGAGACACACCUUACCCGACCCCAGCCUCCAGCCCUGCGACACGAGGUACCAGUGGGUCAGCUCCGCCUGGGGUCCCUGCAUGGGUCAGGGGGGCGUGGCUGUCACCUGUGGCGGGGGCGUGCAGGCGAGGGAGCUCACCUGCGUACGGGCGGCCGAUCAUGUACCUGUGGCGGACGAUAUGUGCAUGCAUGUGGAGCCGCCCCCGCGUGUACAGAGGUGUGAGGUGGGCUGCGAGAGGGACUGCCAGGUGGGUCCGUGGUCCGCCUGGGGCAUCUGUACCCCCACAGACUGCACCGCCUCGCCGCCGCCCGCCACCCCAGGGUUCAGGCGGCGGCGUCGUCAGGUGGUGGUGACGCCGAGUGUGGGCGGCGCCGAGUGUCCGCCGCUGGAGGAGCAAAGCGAGUGUCACGAGGCUCAGUGCCACCAGUGGGUCAUGGCGCCCUGGUCCGAGUGCCUCCUGACCAACGCCCAGCACUCCUGCGGCCUCGGGGUCAGGCUACGCAACGCCUCCUGCCUGGAUAGCGCCGGCGCCCCAGCGCCCCAGGAGGAGUGUGAGGCGGAGCUGGGCGGGGCGCCGAAGAACCAGGAUUGUUACGUCCCCUGCUCCUACGACUGCGUGACUGGCUCCUGGUCGCCGUGGUCCCCGUGUUCGAGACCCUGCGCCAGUCAGCUGCACGUUGGCUACACUCAGAGGAACACCAGCAUCGUGGCGCCACCUGGACCUGGAGGCAAGGGCUGUCCUCCACCCGACGAGCUGACACAGGUGGAGACGUGCCGCGUGGAGCCGUGCGGUGGCGCCGCCUGGGUGCCGGGCCCCUGGGGCAGCUGCAGCCUCCCCUCCCGCGCCGCCUGUGGACCCGGCAGGCAGAUGCGACAACUGUACUGCCGCGACCACCUCAACAACACCCUCCCCUCAUACAGGUGCAGCGGCAUGAAUCGCCCUGACGUGGAGCGGCCCUGCGAGGUGUCCUGCGGCACCGCCUGCACCGUCACCUCCUGGAGCGAGUGGUCCCCUUGCCUGGCCCCCGACCCCUGCCCCAUGGACGGGGUGUUGGUGGCCUCGGCUCAACGGCGGUGGCGGCGGGUGCUGGUGGAGGACAGCGAAGGGGGUGACCCAUGCCCCGGCCUGCACGAGGAGCGAGGGUGCGCCCACGCCCCCGUCACCUGCAUCACCCACCGCUGGCGCACCGGCCCGUGGUCCCGCUGCGCCCUGGCGGAUGAUGUGGAGUGUGGCAAUGGCUUCAGAGUUCGACGUGUGGAUUGCGUGGACGCGGAGGAGCGAGUGGUGGAGCCGACCCAGUGCCUCCUCGGGAAGACCAUGGUGCCGGAGAGCAGCGUGGAGUGCCAGGUGGAGUGUGCGCGGCCCUGUGUGCUGUCCACCUGGUCUGCCUGGACGCCCUGCCCCGCCAUGCCCCCCUGCGGCACCGCGUCGGCCAGGAAGCGACAACUCCUCGAUGGAACUGACAAAAAUCCGCAGUGCCGCAACGUGUCACUCCAGGAGGCGAGGGAGUGCCAGUGCCAUGACUAUUACUCCUCCCCCGCCGGGCCGUGGUCCACCUGCAUCGUGGGGGAGGUGACGCGGGAGGAGGAGGUGGCGGCGGCGAAGGCGGCGGCGGCGGGGGUGCCGGGGCCUAACGACGGGGCGGGGCUGUGCGGCGUGGGGAAGCGGUACCAGGCGCUGCUGUGUAGGCGGGACGACGGCGUGUUGGCGCAUCCCAGCUCCUGUAACCACGCCGGCCUGAAGGAGGAGCCGUGCAUGGUGGAGUGCCCCUCGGACUGCCGCAUGGGGCCGUGGGGCGCGUGGAAUGUAUGCAACGCCUCCUGCGGCGCCGGGAUGCAGCACAGGAACAGACAGGUGCUGGAGCCGAGCCUGUGGGGAGGUCGUCCGUGCCCCGAGGUGACCCAGUGGCGGGCGUGCUGGGGCUCGUGCAGCUCGGCCUGGGUCCCCGGGGGCUGGUCCGAGUGUGUGGUGGACGGCGAGAAGGACUGCGGCGCCGGCACACAGACCCGCAGCGUCAGGUGCAUGAGGCAGACGCUGACGGGGCUGCAGCAGGAGGUGUCGGCCUUGGAGUGUGACACCGCCCUUCGCCCGCCCACCCGCCAGGCCUGCCGCGUCUCCUGCCCCGGCCAGUGCGUCGUGUCCGCGUGGUCCUCGUGGUCAGCCUGCCCCACGGGCUGCUCCCAACAUGUGAGGACGCGGCAUCGCCAGGUGGUGCGGCGUCCAAUGGGCAGCGGAGGGCCGUGCCCGCCGCUGAAGGAGGAGGAGCCGUGUGUGCAGGGCGUCUCGUGCUGGGAGUACGGCUGGCACGUGGGGAACUGGACCUCAUGCGUGCCUCUCGGGCACUCCUCCUGCGGCGAGGGCGUCAGGAACAGGCCCGUCACGUGCCUCAGGUCGGACGGCGUGGCGGUGGCGGACUGGAAGUGCCCGCGCGACACCAGACCCUCCCCGGCGGAGACUUGGUGCUACGUGGACUGCCCCAUUGACUGCGAGGUGACGGCCUGGACGCUGUGGGACGACUCCAAGUGUUCCUGCGGCGAGAACCCCGGGGAGAUGACCCGCCGAAGGUUCCUGUCCGUCAAUCCCAGUGAGUCGGGGCGGCCGUGUCCCAAGCUUCUGCAGGAGACGCGCCCCUGCCCCGCCACUCCCUGCUACACCUGGGAGCGCGGGCCGUGGUCUCAGUGCCACCUGCAGGGCGGCAGCUGCGGCCACGGGUACGUCGAGAGGAAGGUGUCGUGCGUGGGUCCCGGGGGCCAGGCGGUGGACCCCAACCUGUGCCUGGCCCUGGUGCACGUGGGGGGACACACCUGGCCCUACCUGGCGCGCGCCCUCGACCUCAACACAAGGGACGGGUGUUACGUGCCCUGUGAGGGUGAUUGCGAGCUGACGGAGUGGGCGCCGUGGUCACACUGCCACCGGGACUGCUCCAGAGGUCACCAGGGCGGCACCCAGGCCCGCUCCCGCGCCGUGCUCACCGAGGGCGCGGCGGGCGUGGACGGGGCGCGCGGGUCCUGCCCCGGCCCGCUGUGGGAGACGCGGCCGUGCUUGGCGGGGCCGUGCCUCAACUUCACGUGGCAGAUCAUCAACGGGACGGUCCAGUGCGUGCGCAGCGACGGCCUGGUGGUCACAGGCGGGUGCGCUGGGGAGUCGCGCCCCUGCCUGCCGGAGUGCACGGUGCGGGGGUCGCUGUGCUCCGCCGUGGGGGCCUGUGUCUGCCGCCCGGGGCUGCGGCCGCUGUACUCGGAGAAGCAGCGAUUCCACCUCUCCAGCUGCAUCCCCGUCCGCAACGUGACCUUCCCCCUGCCCCAGCCCUUCUCCGGGGUCAAGUACCUCCCAGAGGACAUCAACGUGUGGAUGUUCGCCAUGGUGGGUGUCGGCAGCGCCUUCGUCGUGUUUGUGGUCAUAUCAAUGUAUCUUCUGUGCCAAAGUCCUCGAGAACAGACGACGACGCCACUGACACUCAGACGCCAGAAGAACCUGCGCCACCGGGCCGUGUGAGGGAGGGGCGCUGAGGCGAGGCGGAGCUGAGGCAGCCACGCCAGAGUCCACCGCAGGAACUCUUUGUGGGCCUCACACAGCCACCCACCGAGGCCUGCACGUCCAGAGGCAGUUGUGAGGGUCGAGGCUGGCUGACUGACUGACUAGUUGGCUGGCUGACUGACUGACUAGUUGGCUGGCUGGCUGCCUUGACUGCUAGCUGAUUGAAUGACUGGCUGGCUGACUGACUGUCUAGUUGGUUGACCGACUGGCUGAUUGGCUAGAUGGCUGGCUGUCUGGCCUGUUGGCUGACUGACUGUCUGGCUGGCUAUCUUGUUGACUAGUUAGCUGGCUAACUGGCUGGAUGGAUGCCUUGUUGGCUGGGUAACUGGCUGACUGUCUGGCUGGCUGACUUGUUGGUUGGGUAACUGGUAGACUGUCUGGAUGGCUGGCUUGUUGGCUGGCUGGCUGACUUGACGGCUAGUAGGUUUGCUGACUAGCUAGCUGGCUGGCUGUUUAGUUGGUUGACUGACUGGUUGGCUGACUGACUGGCUGGGUAGCUGACUGGCUGGCUGGCUGGCUGGCUGGCUCAAGCAGUGGCCCUGAGUCCUCUACGUUUGCCAAAUGUAUAAAAGACAUUCUGCGUAGGCUAUGUACAAGUUCCUCCUCUCAUACCCUUGGGCCGUGUGGUGUUGCUUCUUGAUCACGCUGGUUCCUGGCGCUUCCCGCGAAGGAGUGGCUCGGCUGGGCGUGUGUGAGGCGUUCCAGGGUCGUCCGUCGAGUAGCGAGGCAAAUACGAUCAUUAUCCGUCUUAACAUGUAACUGAUUCUCAUCCAACACGUUCAUCCCUUCGUUUCCUCAGUGUUCAUAAGUGCAGUGUCUGGUCGUCGUGGAAGGGAAGGACUAUGGGAACUAAGAGAACUAAGGGAAGAGAAGGACUAAGGGAAAGGAACGAAUAGACUUUAGACUGUAGUGGUCAGUAGAGUGAACCAACGAAGGCAUAACGUACUCUAUAUAAAAAAAGAGUGACAGUUUUUAGUCUAUGUAGAAAAAUAAAUUAUGAAAAACUGUUGAGAGUCAGAGUGGUAUCCUGAGUGACUAAAAUAAAACCAAAGAUUGUGCUUAAAGAAAACAAAGUGUGACAAGCAGUUUUUAGCCUCUUUAAAGAAGGGAAUGCACUAAAAAUAUUUAAAAAAAGAACUCGAAAAUAACCGAUACUUGGCAGGAGCUGGAUGUAAAGAAGGACUAACUACAAAUCAUUUUAAGCCUCUAGAAAUACCAUGGAAAAUAAUGAAAACGUAGACACUCUUCAAGGAUGCUGGGAUUGGUCCAUAAGUGACGUGCCGAUGUUAGCGAGGCCAAGAUGAUGACGAAGACGAGGACGAAGGCGAGGACGAGGAUGAGGACGACGACGUAUCACGAUGUAUCAGUCAUAAUUGUGGACAGAAAUACGUGUUCGUGUAUAUAUAUUUGUGUCCGUUUGUUUUUGUACUUAACGGUAGCAUCAAGAGUCUAGGUGUGUGGAUAAGAUAAUGUUAUACAGACAACGGACAGCGAAGCCUCCCUAAGAAUACGUCCUUACAUAGAAGCGUCUUUGCGCCCUACAAGACAAAGGGGCGUGGGGAUCUUUAUAGGAACCCGCCGAAGGAUCCUCUGCUUCAUGUGGUUCUGUCACAGCAGCGGAGCAUCGACAAGGCAAAUACAGCUUCACGUCAUCGUUCAACACAAGAUUGCAGAGGAUUAGAAGCUCCAAGCACAGUGUAAAAGACGUCUUGUAAACCUAUUACUGAAGGGAGUAUUCAAGAUCGUGUAAAACCACUUAUGACAUACCUUUCCAACGCUAUAGUGGAUGAAAGGGGUAGGAUGAUGAUGAUGAUGAUGACGAGGAGGAGAAGGGUAAGGAGACAGAGAAGGAGAAGGAAGGUGAAGAAAAGGGGAACAUCGCUAUGAAUCUUAAGUGUCUAAUCAGUUGGAUAUGGAAGUAGAGUUUUAUGGGUAAGGUGAAGUCUCCCAUUCAAAUCCUUGCCACUAAAGUUUUCCUUGGUGAGACCGCAAACAGAAAACAAGACUAAGAACGAGGGAAAAAAAGUGCUUCCCUCGUGAACUUUAAAAACAGAAAAGCAGAACAUAACAUCUAUAGAGCGCCUGACAACAAGCAAUGAAAAACUAAUAAAAAAUAACCCCCGACCAUCAAAUAUUUUCGGAGGAGUUUUUGUCUCGCAAGUAAAUUAGAUUGCAAAGUUUGCUAUGCCACUGUGUUGAAAGAGCAAACCUUUGGACAAGAGGACAUAACCUGAUUGCUGCGCGCGUCCUACCGGGGCGUGGCGGGGCGGGGCGGCGCUACCCUGCUGGCCGGCGAAACACGAGGUAUAUAUUGACUACAGCUAAACACGUUGACUGUAAAGCGAUAUUAUGUAGAAUGGACAGCUCUGUUUCUCCCUCUCCCUCUCUCUCUGUCUCCCUCUUAACAUAUAUCCAUCAAUCUAUUCAUCUUUCUAUUUUUUUACCUACUUACUUUCUUUCCAGCGUUCUUUACUUUCCUCUUUCAUUCUUACUUUCCUCCUUUCAUACUUAGUUUCUGUCUUUCUUACUCUCCAUCUUUCUUUCUUUUUCUUCCUUUCUUUCUGACGUUCUAUACUUUCCUUCUUCAUUCUUACUUUCCUCCUUUCACACUUUGUUUCUCUCUUUCAUACUUUCCUUCUUUCUUUUUUUCUUUCACUCUCUUCACCGUUAUUUCUGUCUAUCUGUCCAUCUUUCUCUCCAUCUCUUAUUCUCUCAAGACAAAACAUUUCAAUACAGACUAACUUUUUAUUCUUUCUUUACUAAUUUUAUCACCUUAUUUUUCCAAUACAAUAUUCCAUCUAACAAUGACUGUCUGUCUAUCUGUCUAUACCUCACUGUAUGCCUCUUUCUAUCCAUCUAUCUAACAGAGCUUUCCCUUACAAUAUAUAACCUCUGUCUGCAUCUCCCUCUACCUAUCAACCAAUCCAUCAAACUGUCUGUCUAUCUAUGUCUGUCUUAAUCUGUCAAUCUAUCUGUCCAUCUCUCUGUCUGUCUGUCCAUUAUGUGUGUGCUGGCCGUUCUGUACAUAGUGUUUCUGCCCCACCCUACACACGGGGCAGAGGAGACGAAGUGACCUCAGUGUUACAUAUAAUAAAUGUUUUAAACUCUA